ACGCACACACGCAGACGCUUCGCCGCGGCCACGGAGAGCUGAGGGUGGUGCGUUGAGGGGAAUUAGCCGGCGCUGUCGUUCCCGGCAUCGUAGCUCGGUAUUAUUCCGCCGCUGGCUGUCCAGCCCCGCGGCUGCCGGUGGGCGACUGGACCGGGCGCACUCCGCGGCUUGUUCGCAUCGCCGUCCCCGCGUCCUCCCGCCGCAGCUCCUCGGGGAGGGGGGCGGUCGGUACUUGCGCAGAGCCGCCUCCUCCCCGCCCCCGCCCCGCCUCUCUCCGCGCUGCCGCCGCCCGCUACCGCCGCCGCUGCGCCUGCUGCUCCUUGCUGUCCCCGCUGCAGUGCGAAGGGCUCGAAGAUGGCCGGUUGGCAGAGCUACGUGGAUAACCUGAUGUGUGAUGGCUGCUGCCAGGAGGCCGCCAUUGUCGGCUACUGCGAUGCCAAAUACGUCUGGGCAGCCACGGCUGGGGGCGUCUUUCAGAGCAUUACGCCAAUAGAAAUAGAUAUGAUUGUAGGAAAAGACCGGGAAGGUUUCUUUACCAAUGGUUUGACUCUUGGUGCAAAGAAGUGCUCAGUGAUCAGAGAUAGUCUAUAUGUUGACGGUGACUGCACAAUGGACAUCCGGACAAAGAGUCAAGGUGGAGAGCCAACAUACAACGUUGCAGUCGGCAGAGCUGGUAGAGUCUUGGUCUUUGUAAUGGGAAAAGAAGGGGUCCAUGGAGGCGGAUUGAAUAAGAAGGCAUACUCAAUGGCAAAAUACUUGAGAGACUCUGGGUUCUAGCUGCUAGGCAGACUGUUAAGUAUUAGGGGAAAAUUGCUCUUAAACUUUCCUAGCUGUAAGCUUGAGUCUUAAUUCUGGAAAUUUUAUUAGCAAUGCAGGGUGAUGGGGUAUGAACCUGUGUCUCCUUUGUAUCCCUCUGUUGGUGGGGAAAGGUAUCUUUCUUUCUGCCCUCCCCCCCUUAAAUAAUUCUGUUCACUUUUGUUUUGUUUCCUUGUGUACUCCAGCAUUGGUUAUAGUCAUGGGAAAGGAAGGUGUCCACGGAGGCACACUUAACAAGAAAGCAUAUGAACUCGCUUUAUACCUGAGGAGGUCUGAUGUGUAAGCAGCCUCUCCCCAUCUACCUAGCAACUGUCUUCAUCACCACCCAAUUAUGGUCAUAGUGCUACCAGAGUAUAGAUGGUGGCUAAUUUUUCUUUACCUAUUUUCUAAUGUCAUGAUUCCUGUUUGCCCAAUGGAUCAUUUGUAUGUUAAUCACUGUAUGUAACGAACCCUUAUCUGGCAACAUAAUUGCAGCACAAUAAUGAUUUGCAUGAUACCUUGAAAUUUGGGGGGAGGGGGCAUGCCAGUUAGGCAUCACUUUGUCUUAGCAAUUAAUGGGAUAUUGAUUACUAAAAUAAGUUAAUAUUAAGCAAGAUGCCAGUGUACAAUCUCUAAUUUGAUCAAUGUCUUUUCAGCACUUUGAGCUUUUACUUGGCUCAGUCUUCCUUUUGUAGCGCAUGAUUGGGAGGAAAAAGUGCAUGCAUCUUUCCUUCACUCCUCUUUUCCCACCCCUCCUUUUGCACAUAGAGUAUUUGGUUUGCUUUCCUCUUAUCUUGUGCAGUGCCUGGUUUAUUUAACCAAUUAAUACCUUUUUUGUUGCGCUAUUGAGAGCUGCAGUAGUUUGCUUUUAGUAUUGUUGUUGCACUUGAGUAGAGACAAACCUUUUUUUUUCAUAGUAUCUGUAGGACAUAUGAAGAGUGCAACUGCAAAACAAGAGCAAAAGGCACUUCCUCCCAUGACCUUACAGUAACCAUACUGAUUGAAUCCCCAGGGACAUUCCGUCAUUGCAAUAGCUCAGAUUUUUGGUUCCUGUUUUUUUCUUUGCACACCAGCUCUACACUUUAGUAAAAUUGUAAAAGGCUGCCAUUAUGGACAUUAGGUAUCCCAACAUAACCAUCUGGAGUGUGUCCAGUUUGUUCUUCAUAGGACCAAUUUUUAUUUGCAGCUUGAGUUUUUAUAUGAAGUUGCAUUAUUGUGGACUUGGCUGUCUUGUGAUGAUUUUUUUCAUAUGUAUUCUGUGCCAUACUAUUGUUAAAAUGAACUGUUGCUAUUGUGAGAUGGAUUUAAACUGACCUAUUGAGGAUUUCUUUCGAAUGGCACUACUUUAGGGAUAUUCUAGUAUUUGCUUUUAUUGUUUGGGCCUUGUGGAUAAUGUACAGAUUUGAAAACAAAUCUUGUUGCUGAUUUGUCCAUUUCUUUCCCUGCACUUUGUUACAUCUGGGAUACAGUCUAACUCAUCUGAUUUAAUAUGCAUUUUAAAAAAUGCCAUAACUAUUAAAACACCUUGUUUACAGACAGAUGAAAUAAAUUUAUUCCAACCAAAUAA